AUGGAGCGCGAUAGUGAGGCAUCUAACGGGUCGAAAGACGUUGGCGAGACUACAGGGACUAUAUCGAUCAAGGACUUUGCAUACGACAAGUCAGACGCAUUACACUAUGGCUAUUUUGGCGACAAUUACGAGGAGGAAUAUUAUGACGACGAGGAGCGUGAAAAUAGCAGCGAUGGCUCGUCGGCUGAACAAGUCAAUGCAAGUACAGAGCCUGCAGACUCAUUCCGCUCGCAUAACGAUGGGCGAGGGUUGAAGGAUUCUUCAAACCAUAAUGAUGCUGGUUUCGGCUACGACGAGCCAGAAGAUGCGAUCACUAAGCGACAAAGCAUCGUGCUGCCUAGCAACCAAAUAGUGAAUAGGCAAGCAGUGGCACUGUACGACUUUGCACCAGAGAAUGACAACGAAUUGGAGCUGCACGAAGGUGACAUACUUUUCAUAGGCUACAGACACGGGCAAGGGUGGCUCGUGGCGGAAAACGAGCAACGGACACGUACGGGUCUGGUACCUGAAGAAUACGUAACCUUGACAGGAUCUCCGGAGAGUGGCGCCGAUGACGACGAGUACGCUAGUGCUCUCGACCACGAUGACAACGAAAAUGACCAUGAAAAUGACGACGACAACGAAGGUAAGCCACGACCUUUUUACUUGACACAUAUGAUUGCAGAGUCCAUGGAGGCUGCUGUUCACGAGGAUGAACCGGACCUUGAAUGGGAAGACAUUGACGACGUGGAAUCUGCGUUUAACGAGAACCUCAAGAUCUCUGAUACGUGA